GCCUGGAGGGGGGGGACUUUGGCCGCGCUGCCGCCGGCGGGGAAUGCUGAGGGUGGCCCCCCGGGCCCUGCUGUGCUGCCCCCCGAGAGCCUCGAGAGCCCCCCAGAGCUCCAGCACCUCGGGCAGCCCCGCAGCCAUGGCAGCACCCCCAGACCCCUCAGUGUCCCCAGGCCCCCCGGGCGGGCUGGUGGCGGUGGCACAGGUGACAUCCACGGCGGACAAGGAGCACAACUGGCAGCAGUGCUCGGGCCUGGUGCGGCGCGCGGCCGCCAUGGGCGCCCGGGCCGUGUUCCUGCCCGAGGGCUUCGACUUCAUCGGGGACAGCGCCCAGCACAGCCUGCAGCUGGCAGAGCCCCUGCACGGGGACACCGUGCGGCGCUACCGGCAGCUGGCCAGGGAGUGUGACGUGUGGCUGUCCCUCGGGGGUUUCCACGAGCGUGGCCAGGACUGGGACAGCACCGGCCGCAUCUACAACUGUCACCUGCUGCUGGACAACUCGGGCUCGGUGGUGGCCCUGUACCGCAAGCUGCACCUGUUUGACGCGGCGCUGCCGGGGCAGCCGGCGCUGAGCGAGAGCUCCUUCACCAACCCUGGCCAGGAGCUGCUGCCCCCCGUCGACACCCCCGUGGGCAAGGUGGGGCUGGCUGUGUGCUAUGACCUGCGCUUCCCAGAGCUGGCCCAGGCGCUGCGCGGGGCCGGUGCCCAAAUCCUGACCUUCCCCUCGGCCUUCACCGUCCCCACCGGAGCUGCGCACUGGGAGGUGCUGCUGCGUGCCCGUGCCAUCGAGUGCCAGUGCUACGUGGUGGCCGCGGCGCAGACCGGCCGCCACAACGCCGCCCGCGCGUCCUUCGGGCACUCGCUGGUGGCCGAUCCCUGGGGCGCCGUGGUGGCACAGUGCCACGAGGGGCCGGGGCUGUGCCUGGCCCACAUCGACCUGCCCUACCUGGAGCAGGUGCGCAGGCAGCUGCCCGUGCACGGCCACCGCCGGGGGGACAUCUACGGGACACCAACGGGGACACCGACGGGGACACCGGGGACGUGAUGGCGCCGGGCGUGGGGCGAAUCCACCGGGGUUUGCACCGGGUUUGCUUUUCUGUCCCCAAAAUGGGAUGGCACAGUGUGUCCUCCUUGUUCUUUUUGGGGUCCCAAAUCAGCCCCAAAUCUCCUACAAUUCAGCCCCAAAUCAGCAUCAAUUCAGUCUGAAAUCAAUCCCAAAUGUGCAUCAAUUCAGUCCAAAAUCAGCCCCAAAUCAGCAUCAAUUCAGUCUGAAAUCAAUCCCAAAUGUGCAUCAAUUCAGCCCCAAAUCAGUCCCAAAUCUGCCCUUUUGUCCCCAAAAUGGGAUGGCAUAAUGUGUCCUCCCUGCUCUUUUUGGGGUCCCAAAUCAGUCCCAAAUCCCCAUCCAUUCAGCCCCAAAUAUGCAUCAAUUCAGUCUGAAAUCAAUCCCAAAUGUGCAUCAAUUCAGCCCCAAAUCAGCCCCAAAUCUGCCCUUUUGUACCCAAAACUGAAUGGCACAAUGUGUCCUCUCUGCUCUUUUUGGGGUCCCAAAUCAGCACCAAAUCUCCUACAA